AAUGGAUAGUCUAUUGUUAGUUGUAUAGUAAAUUGAUUGAUUAGAUCAAGUCAUUCUAAAAAAGCAAUAUUUCCUUCCAUGUAUGUACAACAAACAAUUUCAAAUUUCGCAUAUCGAUAUCGCUACAUGUGAAACCAAUUUCACACGAUAGCGUAACAUACAUGUAAACGGUAGUUAGAACAUUUGUGUACAUACGUCAAGAAAGGAUGAUGUGGUAUUGAAUUUCGGUCUAUUGUUUCUUCACGAUAAUAUAAACAUAAUUAUCAUUAAUCAUAUUUCAAUUCUUAAAUUUUUAUAAUAAUUAUAAAUAUGACCUCAGCAAUAGAGUCCAUGGUAGUAGAUGAAAAACAAUUACCGGAAAAACCCAUAGACAGAGAAAAAACAUGUCCACUUUUACUCCGGGUAUUUUGUAAUACAGGAAGACAUCACAAUAUAAUGGAAUAUAGCAGGGGAAAUGUUCCCUCAAAUGAAUUACAAAUAUAUACAUGGAUGGACGCAACCUUACGCGAGAUUACAGGUUUAGUUAAAGAAGUAAAUCCAGAUGCUAGAAGUAAAGGAACAUACUUUGAUUUUUCAUUAGUAACACCAGAAUUACGAAAUUCUGGAUAUCGCAUGAGAGAAAUCGGUGUUACUUGUUCAGGACAAAAGGGUGCAGAUGAUAAUAAAACACUUGCUCAAGCACGAUUUACAAUUGGUGAUUAUUUAGAUAUAUCAAUAACACCACCAAAUCGACAACCAGCAAUUAGACGUGGCGCACUACGUCAAUACUAAUUUAAGUAACAAAGAUUUUAUUUACUGGAACUUAUGUUAACAAUUUAUUAGUUUUCUAUUAAUAAAGAAUAUAUAAUACUGAAA